AUGGCGGAGCUCGGCGGCAUGCUUGCCGCUGCCAUCCUCAAGGUGGUGAGCGACCAGAUUGGUUCGGCCAUCGGAGGUCAGAUCACCCUGCAGAAGAACUUCGACAAGGAUUUGAGGAAGAUGAAAAUGGCUCUGGAAUCUGUCGAGGCCUUGCUCAAGGUCGCCGAGAGGCGGUCCAUCACUGAUGAACCGACGCUUCUGUGGCUGAAGCGGCUCAAGGACGCCAUGUACGCCAUCUCGGACAUGAUUGAUGACUUCGAGGCCGAUACAGAACCAAUCACUCAGCCAUCUCCACGGAAGUUCUCAUUCAAAAAAUAUUUGGCAAUUAUGAUCCCAUGUCUCCUAGUUGGUCCCAAGAUUACAAUGGCCAACAAGAUGGAGACGAUGAGGGAGGAUCUGGAGGUGAUAACCGAUCAACACAAGAAAUUCAGAUUAUGGGAAGACACUAAUGGUAAUGAGCCAAAGGUUACCGAUAUACGGGAAACCACGUCAAUCAUGGAGACACAGGUUGUUGGGAGGACCAAGGCGGAAGAGGAAAUAUUGGCUUCUUUAUCUGAGAACAUGCAAAAGGAGAUCACUAUCCUUCCCAUAUGUGGAAUUGGAGGCCUUGGAAAGUCAACCUUGGCAAAAAUGGUUUACAAUAAUUCUAUAUUCAAAGAAUACUCUCAGGUGUGGGUUUAUGUGUCACAGAUAUUUGAUUUGAAGAAGAUUGGCAAUUCUAUAAUAUCACAACUAUCAAUGGAAGUGAAGGAGAGUGAGUACAGUACAAUGCAGAUGAUACACAAUUGUCUUCAAAAGCUACUUGCUGACAAGAAGGUUCUUAUUGUUCUAGAUGACCUCUGGGAGGGUGAGAAAUAUCAGCUGAAGAGUCUAAUCGAUAUGCUGCAGAUUGGGAAGGGCAGUAACGUGGUAGUCAUAGUAACCACACGUGAUGAUGCCAUUGCAGAAAAUAUCUGUACCAUCCAACCAUACAAAUUAGAACCAUUGACUGAUGAAAUGUGCUGGUCUAUAAUAAAGCAAAAAAGUGCAUUUGAAUCUAGAGAUGACAAAGAACAAUUAGAGGAGAUAGGUAAGGUCAUCGCAAUGAAGUGUUGUGGUGUGGCUUUAGCAGCUAUCUCUCUUGGACACAUGAUGCAAUCUAUGAAACCAAGUGAAUGGGAAUCAGUGAGGGAUAGUAAUAUCUGGAAUGCAUCUUCUUCAAUAGAUCCAACUUCUUCGCAAGUGCUUGCAUCUCUGAAGUUGAGCUAUAGUUUUAUGCCUUCAUAUCUGAAGCUGUGCUUUGCUUACUGUGCAAUAUUCCCAAAAGGUCACAAGAUAGCAAAAGAUGAUCUUAUUCUCCAAUGGGUUUCUCUUGGGUUCUCUACGUGGGAGCUUGGUGAAAUAUACAUUAGUCAACUUUUGGGACUCUCUUUCCUUGAACAUUCCAAGUCACCAUCGGACGGUCCUGUUCUGUUGUUGCGUCGGUACACAUACUUCGCGUCGUUCUGGACCAACAUGACCAGCAAUGGCACCCGCAGGUGA